CAACGCAAUUUACGUCACAGCCGAGGCACGCCCCUCCCAGCUGAGGAAAGGAAAGUGAAACAAGUUCACAACUGCGUUGCAGCAGGACUGAAGGUUGUACAGGAUGUAUUCAGAUGAGGAUUUCUCUCUGGUCUCCGAUGACGACCCGUCACUCAAACUUAAAUCUAUUCAAAGCAACAUCGACAAGUUGAAGGCAGAGCACGUUGCCCUGUUGAAGGACCAGAUGAUGCUCAUUGAAGCCAAAACCAGUAACCAGCAGUUCACCCAGGAGUUCCAGCAGCGAACCGAUGCUAUGAGAAAGCGUCUGGAGGACGAGAAGAUAUUCCAAGCCAAGGCAUUGAAGAAAGAACAGGAAAAACUGGCAGAUCUGAAAAAGGAGGAGAGCAACCUGAGUAUAGAGCUUCUGAAGAUCAAGCAGGAGUUGGACGUAAUGGACGAAACCCACCAGAGCUUGAAAGAGCAGACUGAGGUGUCCACUGCGGUGCCGGAGAAGAAGGUCGUAUUUAACGGCGAGAUGGCUGAAGGAGCUGAUGCACUGAGCUUUGAUGUAAAACCUCACAUCGUGUACCCCAUGGAGGGAGGCACGGCGUUUAUCACCUUCGAGGAGGAAGAAGUUGCUGAAAAGAUCUUGGCUCUGAAGGACCACACAGUGCACCUCGGGGAGUGUAGCAUCACCGUGCGGGCCGAGCCGGUGCAGUUUCUCGUACCAGACCGUGUUGAGAUGGACACUCAAGUUUGUCCUCACCGCAUCCUGGUCUCCAACCUGCCCAAGAAAGAGCGUGUGGAUCGCAUCCUGGACAAGCUGGAGAUUCAUUUCUCCAAGACGAGAAACGGAGGAGGCGAGGUGGACGAAGUAGUCAUGCUGGAAGAUUCUGGCAACGUGGUCAUCAAAUUCCUAGACGACAACAUUGCCAAGGGUCUUACAGAUAAACAGAUGCAUGAGGUUGAGAUGGACAGAGGAAAGAGAUGCAAGAUAAAGGUCACGCCCUUUCUCAACGGCGAGAUCACGCUUCUCAAGACAUGUAACACGACCUGCUCUAAGACCGUGCUGCUGACAGGAAUCCCCGCCGUGAUGGACAAGGACAACCUGCAGGACCUGCUGGAGAUCCACUUCCAGAAAUCCGCCAACAGCGGAGGAGAAGUGGACGCGAUCGUCUACAACCCGCUGGGCGAGAGAACCCUUGCCGUGUUCGAAGAGGACACGUCCAAACCGGAGUAGAACCAUUAAAGUGGACCGAGAUGGAUCAAUCCGACGCUGAUAUUCGGGAGUUACGUAACGGAGGUCUUUCCUCUAGAUGUGUGCCAAACCUAAUACUUACUUGAUUUAUGAUGACAAUAUUUCUUUAAAAAUUCCAAAUUACUGCUCAUUUACCUGCAUAUACCUGUAUCUAAGUGGACCUUGUUGGCAUCGCUCUCAGGGUGCCAUCACUUCUAAGGUUUAGAGUAACAGGGUUGAGUUCUUGAGCACUGAAUUAGCAAACGUGCUAAAUAUUUACGACAUAUAUGACUAGCAUCCGUGCUAAUGGGACCAAGACAUAAAGGAAAUUUAAACAAUUGACUUAAGCUAUGCUUUUUCUUUCAAUCUAUAAUUUGGGUUAAGUGGGUUGUACUUUUCAAAAUGACCUCAGUCAAUAUAUCACUGACAAUAAAGAAAAAACCAAGGACUUAA